AUGAAGGGUACGGUCUUGAUCUGCUGUUUCCUCUCCCUGCUGCUUUUGCAGGCCACAGCAGGUAAGGCUUUUGGUGAGGAGUUUGAUGAAAUCUUUGGAGGAUGGUUCUCGUUUUACUUCAGGGUGGUGCACUGUGGAGAUAUGACAGAUUAGUGCUACUGCUGAAUGAAUGAAGGAAGGAUGUGGUGUAAGUUUGAAGCUCUUACAUGAAGGCUUGAUUUCUCUGUUAGCUUGAUCACACAGCGGCGUUUCAGGGAACUUUGAUUUGAAUGAAAAAGCGAUCAUGGAUGUGUUGUGGAAAAGCAGCGAGCGUUAGUUUGUUUCUGUGUCCUGUACCGGGGCAGCUGGAUCAGGAUUAGCAGCUAGUGGCACAGUUUGCUGGGAUAGUGACAGUCAUGGUGACACCAGCUGAGGAUAGAAAUGCUAUCCAGGUCUUUCUUUCCCACCAAGCGCAGCUAUUUAAACUCUGUCAGAGUUUAUAUUUGAUGUGUCAGUGCCCAGGAAUAAUAAUCAACACAUUUAGGGGGCUCUUACUUUUCUUUACAAGGAUAAAAUCACAACAAAUGCAGCAUUGAUUUGGAGAAUAAAUGAGUGUUUAUCAACUUCUUUUUUCGUGGCUUUAAAAGGUGAGGUUUGUUCAAACUUUUCCUAAGCCUUUCCUCUGGACUGACAGCACGGCAGCUGUCGUAACGCAUGGCACCAGCUGAUGGAAAGUCUCGCUCUAACCAAGGAGGAAAGAGCUUGAAUAGAGGACUGAGCGUUUUGUCACUUUCUGGCCUGCGCUCAGAGAUGUGAUCUCCGAGCUUUAGUUUCAACUUGUUUUGGAUAGUUUACUCUCUGGGUGAAAUACGGGGCGAGAUUUUUGUGAUGACAGUCCAGAGCAUCACGUCAAUCCCACAGUAAAUGCGAUCACAUGGCGCUCAUGUAGUUCAAUGUCAUAGUGACAACAACCUCUCCCAGAUUACCCAUUCUAAAAAUGUGGACUGGUGUCUGAGUACGGACCGGAGCUUCUGGCAUUACCCUUGUCUGUCACCCUUGUCCGUCCUUGGAGUGGCGUUCAGCUCCGCAGAUCGGGCCCAGGCCUCCAUAUUCCAGGCCGCUGUCAGGUGUCUAAGAUUGGAAGGCCUCCUGAAACCCAACACUGGUCACUACGCUUCCUACCUCCCUCUCCCCUUCCCCUCCUGACUCCUCACCCCUCCCUCUCCCGUGCUUCCCUUUAGAUACUCUGCACAGCUGCUGUCACUCUGCACUGUCACAAUCGCAAUUUAUUCCCAGCAGUUGGCCUUAUAGGGACAUGCAUUCUCCAGGCAGGAGGGGCCGGGCUUUGGCCGCAAGUUAUAACUUCAUCUUGGAGUCCUGUGCAGGUGUCUUUCCGUGGUCUUCAAAUAUCUGAUUGUGCCAAUUCAUUGACAUCCUUUGGUGUCAAGUACCGGCGAACUAUGAGUCCAAAACUCUCUAAGAACAUGAGCUCCUCACUUAGAGUCAGGACCUCCAUCAUGGUAUCUAACUGCAAAAAGAUACACUCUUUUUAAUGGAAAGUAAAAUAAUCAAUGUCCGGAUUUCCUUCUUCAAAAGCAAAGACUCAUUUGUUUAUCCUGCCACUGAAAUUUAGACGAUUAUUUGUGUAAUUUAUUGCAGCAUGAUUUGGCGCACUGGCACCGUCUUGUUGUUGUGAAAUUGUACCCACAAUUCUUGAGCGUGUCUCUGAUCCGAAGAGACGAUCACGCCGCAACCUGAGGUGUGGAGCAUCCGCCAGACUUUAGCUGAAUGACAAACCCAUCGCCUGGUCAAUAAUCAGUCUUUUGAAGAAGGUAUUGAUCAGUAAAAACUGUUUUUAUCGGUGGAAAUGUUACAUGGACUCAUAUCUAUGGUUCUGCUCAGUCAUGUAGCCGUAAACAUACAGAUGUCGCUAUAGUAACUGUUGGGUUAUAAUAAGGUUGCAAGAAACUCAACACUAACCAAGCAGUGUAUAGUAUCCAGAGUCAUCUGUGGGCUUUAAGAAAGGGAUUUGAGAAAGCUGUUAAAGCACUAUAUUAAAGUCAUUAAUGCAAAUGUCAUUACAGCAUAUGGUGAAACUGCAGCAGAGACGAGUUUAGACUCGACUUUUUAUAGAUAGAUGUCCCCCCGCCUCUUUUGGAUCCUGAUUAGAGCUUUACAUCACUGCGUUUAUACUUAAACGGUAACUCUAUCCAGUCUUGACACAUUAAAAACAUAUUUAGCCUCCUCACUUUGUAAAAACGUAAAAGCGCUCUGUCUGCAUGUGAUCCCCUCUGUUGGCAUGUGGCAUGUCUGGGACAUCCCUACGCUUGUAGUAGUAGAAGAGGGGACACGUCAGUCAGACUCGACAGCCCUAUUACACGCCCCUCCUUAAGACAAGCCCUCCCAGGGCCCAAGGGCACCUGACGUCCUUCCCCGGCUUUCAAACAGGAGAGCAGGGAUAGAGGUAACAGAUCGACACCUCAGGGCGAAGUGUCUCCGCUAGUGCGCCUUGCUUCGAGACCUGUCACUCAACUUCAUGUGACGUUAAAGUCACCUCUUUGAGGAUUUGCAACCCGAAUGUGGCCCACAUACGAUGGUUCUUAGAGGAUGUGACAGCCCUUGUGAAGUAAGAUUUUCACUGUGGAAUAAAUAAACCAAUAUGAGAAUUUAAGGACAGAACGAUUUCACCAAUUCAUAUAAAUCUCACCAAAAAGCAUGUUUUGUUAUCAAAUAGGUCUUAAUUUAUCGGCUUGUAUAUUCCAGUCAUAUUUAAGGGAUGUGAAUGUCUCUGAGUCUCCACACUGGCUAUCGGUCGAAACCCUAAAAUAGGAGGCGGCCGUUCUGCCCCCUCCUCUGUCCAUCCUCUGACCCAUUGUGGGUCUAUUUUUGACUUUGGGGGAGUACUAGCUCCACAAGCUGUGCCACCUGUUGCCAUUCGUGGCCUCUCCUCACCAUGCCCUGCACAGGCUCUGCUGACUGCCAUCACACCUCUGACCCUUGCGUUGUGGGAGAAUCCUGCACAUUUAUAAUUAAUUUAUCAGGUUUUGGUCUUAAAAGUUAGAGGAUAUGAAUUUGCUUUUGGCUGCAUUAGUUGCAUCUGGUUAUGUAGAAAAUCCUGCCUGUGCAUGGCUCUUUUUCUCCAUUGGACCCCCUGGCCUUUACUUAAUGUAGCCUGAAUCCACCUUUGCCCGGGAUAAAUCCUCUGGAGGGGGAGUGUCAGGCCUGCCACCCUCCUCAUGUUCUGCUUAAUUCUAUUACGCUCUCUGUGAAGCAAGCAGAACAUGAUCCUGGGGUUGAGUGUAAGUGCACAUAAAUGAAGGUAUAUUCAUGUUCUUGUGAUCAUUUUAGUCGAUUAUUUGACCAUUUUAAUGAUAAUUUUUUGCUUUGUUGGAGUAGGAUGUAUAAGCAUCCUUUGGACUCCUUCACUGGCAGGUGAAUUUUUAAUCGUUUCCACAGUAUUUGGAGUUCACUCAUUUAAAAGAUACUUGUACAAAAUGUUCCUUUCUGCAGUGGUGGAUUGGCAUUCUUUCUGAUGAUGAUAAAUAGCCUCCGCAAAAGGAUCUAUAGCGGAGGCAUGACUUACCCAGCUGCUGAGGCUGUGGUGGGCUUAAAUCCCCAACAUUCCUCCUGGAUGUGCCGAUGCCACCAGAAUGUUUCUCUAAACUGAGGGAGGGUUGUGGGGCAACGGGCUCACAGAGGCAGAUGUCCGGGCUUCAACUCCCCUGGCGCCUGCAGGGUUAAUUUUGAGCACUGAUGCAAGGCCCGCCCUGCGCAGGCAACACUACCUCUCUGAUCUUUGCAGACCUCGAUUGAAAGGCCUCCAUCCGGGCUCGACUGAAUUGGAAGGUGUUAACACGUUCGCAGCAGUUAAGGCCCACUCAAGAGGGUGGUGUUAAAAGACACAAGUCUUCUGAGUGAUGACUCACAUUACAGAGGCUUGAGUAAUCUUGGAGAGCUACAGGAUCAUUAAAAGCUGGAAUACCUCCAAAAUUCAAACUACAACUAUCAGACUUACCAAUAUAAAGGACUAAAUGAUGAAUUACUUGAAUUACACUUAUGGCAUGUCAGUGUCACAAUUCAGCAGGGGUGUGUCCAAACUUUUUGACUGGGGUGGCCCAGCUCGGAUACAGACACGAGCAGGGGUGGCCUAUGUCAAAUACAAAACAUUUACCCUCUACCUGAACAACUAUCAUUUUAGUAUGAUAAAUCCCACUGAGCAAUAGACGGCUGUUAGACGCCUAGUUUUGUUUUUAGACCUGAUUUUAACCGUCUAGAUUCUGUAUAUUUUUAGAUGGAAAUUAGACGUUACACUUAGUAUGGAAGUAAAUCUGUGCCUGAUUUUGAAUUUGAAUUUUCAAAGCUGAAUUUAUUUUUGCAUCAAAAUCAGACUUUGAAUUUUAAAACCAUCAAAUUUCAAGCACGCAUUUUUAUUCCUUACACUUAUUUUUUAACAAUGACGAAAUAAAUUGAUUGUUUAAUAUCUCGAAAUAUUAGUGUAGUACAAACUCAAAUAAAAAUAAAAAACUGUGUAAAAAAAUAAAUAAAUAAAAAAAAUAAAACAUAAAAUAAAUUGAACUGUUAAAAAAUUUCAGUGGCAAAGAAUUUAGUUUAAAACAGACCAACUCGACAUCCAGGUAAUCAGGGAGAAGCAAUCGAUUCCUCAAUCUUCUACUGGGAGAGACUGAUUUUUUUACACCGAAUUUAUUUCAUCAUUACAAAAAAAUAAGUGUCAGAAAUAAAAAUGGCUGCUUGAAAUUCAAUAGUUUUGAAAUUCAAAGUCUGAUUUUGAUGCAAAAAAAAAAUCAGCUUUAGAAAUUCAAAAUCAAAAUCAGAUGGCACAGAUUUACUUCCAUAACUUAAACCCAUUAUUCGAUCACUAUUUUUUCAAAACGCAACUGUGAGUUGCAUAACUGAUCUCAAAGUACUUAACCAAAAUAAUUAUGAUAGCCGUUGAGCAAUAAACAGUGCAGUAUAGAUAUAGCCCAGAUUUAAACUUGGUCUACUUGGUUUUUAGACUUGUGGUCGCCUGAUUUUAGACCAGUUGUCUAGGCUACAUUAGACCUCUUUUAGACCAAAAAAAGCUCAGUAGGAGUUGUUAUAUUCCUGUGAGUGAUGUUUUGACAGCGCAACAGAGCGGAAACAAAAAUCCUCUCAGCCUUUCGCCUCUAUCCUUGAAAUACUUUGGCUAUCACACGCUGUUUUGUAUCUGCUUGACUUAUGAGUCUUCUUCGCUUAUUUCUUAAAGGCACCAAAAAGUAAAAUGUGCCACAUGCAAAUGUAAAGUAAGCACUCACAGCCUGUUAAAACAUCCCAAAUAGUUGAUUUUGACAAAAGUCCUGCAUCUGACUGGACAAAUGGAUGCCAACUAAAUUUCAAGGGGGGCGUUUCCACCUUUGGCCACCCUUCUGGAUACACCUCUGUCACUCAAGGAUGAUCUGAAUUUGGAUUAUAGGAGCUGGGAUCAAACCUUCAACCUUUCAAAUAAGAGAUGGCAGACUAAAUAGGUCCAGGUGUCUUUAUUUGUAUUUUUAAACAAAUAGUUUCCGACUCAGAAUCUAAACCCUAAUCAUAUCCCAUCCAACCUCCUCGAGAAUGACAUGAAACACACUCAUUAACACGUCUGAUUAGUUUUUAAAUCUUUUUAGAGACUGUGGGAUCAUUGGUAUCCUCCUUUUAUUCUGGAUGCUAACCUUUAGCCUCUCUUAUUCUUGCACCGCGCUGGGAGCGACAUUACACAGCUUUAUUUUUAGCAGGUUGACUCGGGGAGAAUCAGCCGUGCUUUAACGGCGGCGUGUGUCACCGCUGCAACACUGCAAAGGAGCAACUGUUGGGCUCUCAAUUAAUGCAUGGUUCACACCACAUGUCACCGUGUGGGGUUUUGUGUUUCCUUUACAUGUUUUUUGCAUAAUUUAAAUAUAUCCCCAUUUUUUUAACGAAUCAUGUAGUUGUCAGACAUCUUUAUUUACUCCUAUCUUGAUUUUAUUUGUCAUUUGAUGCAGUAACACUUUAGCCAAAGCCACUCUCAGUCUUGGCCUGAGUCAUGUGGAGUCAUGGACCACAUGGUCAGUGGCUGUACUCCAGGUUAUGGAGCAGCAGGACGCCAUGGCGGCACUGCCCACUGUAAAGGUGGAGUUUUCUUGAACUAUUUACUAUUUAUAUCCUCGCGCAGACGGUGAUGAAGCAUGGCGCAGCGUGGUUUCAGUCACCCUUUUAUUAUGAUGCGUGUUUGAGUAUGCAAUCAGAAGUCUGGCAUUUAUAAAUAUCAAAUCAAGUGAAACCUUUAUUAUGUUAAUAUGAUUCCUGGGCUGUGCUGACAGGAAGUAUGCAGAUAAUCCGAAUUAACAACCAAACGCCUGCUGUUACACUGCAGCGAUCAGCUUUAAUAUUCCACAAACAUGUUGUAAAUACUUGAAAUUCCCAAACAACUUUAUGGGAAGUGUUAUGUCGGUGGAUAGUCGUAUCUAAACCCCCCCAGGACAUGGAAGUGUGAACCAGGAAGACUUCCCAUCUGCUACUAUUUAUAACUCAUAGCUGUGGCGGGUUUGCCUGUGGCAGGACUGUGUGGGAGGCCAGUUCUGAGGCCUGGGCACACAAGGACAAGCUUCAGAGCGUUAUAAGUCUGUGAUAGGUGGGUAAAUAUAGAAGAGAAAAGACCGAGGAUUGCACAUCAUUGUCUCAUAGCGUAUUUUACUGAUGGGAACACUCAGUCCAGCGGCUGUUAGUUAACCGGGGAAGUCCCCCCUCUCUGUCUCUCUUUGCUGCUGUUGUUAUAAAGCCCAUGGUGAUGCCAAACAAAUGUCUUUGUCUGGUUAUUUUCAGUGUUUGCUUUCUAAAUUAAGAGCUGAUUGUAAUGGCAGCUGUGAUCUCAGCUAUCCAGUAUGUUCAAAAGUGGGCAUGACACACAGUAAGCUCUCUCAGAUUGUUACACACAUACACAGAUUAUAGGGGAUGAGUAAUAGGACAGGCAAAUGCGUUUUGGGAUGCAAAGUAAGAGAGCAGAAAAAUAUUGCUUUUGUAAGUUUAUUGUUUAAUUUGCAAGCGAGAAAGAAGACAACUGAAUCUAACUGUGGCUCGCUUUUACGUUUUUAGCUGUUAUAUAUUAAAAUUUUAAAAAAUCAGUAAAAGACAUUUACCAGACUGUGACGACCAGUAAGUUUUAGUUUUAUAUGCACGUCUAAUUGUCAUACUUAUCAGACAUAUGAAACAAAUAUUCACUGACACAAUGCUGCAGAUUGGGGCUCUAUCGCAUUUUCCUGUUAUGAUUAUUGUGACUAUAAAAAAAAUGUCGGUGAAUCUGACGUCGCAACAACAAGAAAUCUGAUUGGUCAGAAGUGGACACACAGUAUGCGAAACUUUAGAAUAUUCAAUUGUGGUACGAAAAAAUAAAUGCUGCAAUAUCGCAGGACAGAAAAUGUCGCUGAUGUGAACACUUGUAUUGACAGGAUACGGGUUAGAAAAAAUACUGACGUCUGAAAUAAUCGCAUGAAAAAAACGCUCCUGGUGUGAAAGGACAUUAAAUUUGAAUAAAAUAACACAAUCGGCCAUUUAAGAGAAGGCGAACAAUGAUGUUGUAACUCGUAAACUCGUAUUGAUAAAUACAACUGACGUACUUACAUGAUGAUCCCUUUCUAAAGAUGUUCAAAAUGAUGUUUUAUCAGACAGGAACGUCUUUAGAGAACAGACUGACUGCUUCAUAAAAUGAUCUUUUUUUUAUGUUUAUAUUUGACUUGCUGACUGUCUUGGAUUUGCCUAUUUUGCUGUAUUGAAAAAAAAACAUGCUUUUAUUUUGAAAUAAUAUGUACACCACUACUCUAGACUCACAAAACAAUCUGUGAACAUAACUUUUUAAAGGUUCAGACUUCUUUUCGAGAGCUGUUACUGCUAGCUAGUAGCGCCUGCAGCUGCUGCUUCUUUCCCUCUGCGUUAUGGCAGGCGGUAUCACACUUCUACUGCCCCCUAUUGACUCAUUUUGAACACACCAUUAAUAUUUCAUACUUUGAAAGGACAGUAAUCAUCAGUAUAAGUAUAUAACGACAGUCCUGCUGCAGAUGUAGUGAAGGUUCAGGUCUGAGGCUUUAGAUCAUGCGAGUGUUUCACACAUUAGCCAUGUCUGGACUGUAUCAUCUGUGUGUUACCCCUAACUUCUCAGUGCUGGAUGGUCGGCAGGGUGUGUUGCCAGUGAUAAUGCAUCACCAGCCUCUGUAGUAUAGCAUUAAAAUGAAUCCAUGACAGCCCCAUCGCCAUGAACUGAGACAGAAGUUUGCAGGCCACCUCGAUCCACCUCCAGAGCUCUUUUACGAUCAAAUACAUCCUCUGAGAAUUUCAAGAAUUUGAGAGCAAAGUGAAAAUUUGAGCUAUAAAUGAGUAUCAAGAUUGACAACAUAAAAACCUUCGAUCUUGUUUGCUUUUUUUUUUUCAUCUCACUGUUAAUUUCAGGCUAUUUCACAACCUGUCAAAAACUCCUCACAGGAGCUUUAACUUUUUAUGAUGUCUUUACAGAAGAAGAUGUCACCACCACCCUCAGAGACAGAUCUCACAUUGAUGAGACGCUGCGGCUUGCAGCUGCGGAAAAAGCGGGAGAUUAUGCAGGUGAGAAUCUGGGGUGAAGUGUAAUUUUCUCUUCAAUAAUUCCCACUUCUGUCCUGGCCUUGCACCUUAUAAACACCAUAUCUGUUUCUUCUUUCCUUCCAGCGGCUAUCGAGAGGUUGCGAAAGAUCUACCACACAUCCAUCAAACCCAUGGAACAGGCCUACAAGUACAAUGAACUGAGGCAGCAUGAGAUCUCAGGUACCUCCGAGGCUUCGGCUUCAGCUGCGCUCUGCUCUGAUGUGUGCGGUUUUUCUGUUUGGACUGCUUUGAUUUUUGACCUGUUUGCACACACAAAUCAUCCUCACGCCACAUUAAAAUACACAAAGAAAGGUCUGUCUGAAGAGAUUUAGCUGUGUGAUCAUCACUAAGGUCAAAUCUGUUGAUUAUUUUUGGUUGGAAAAAAUAGCAUCAGAGGUGAUGUGAAGCUUUCAUGCAGAGAAAUGUUCAUGUUUAGACUUUUUGAAGACAAUUGUUUCCCAAAACACUAAAUCUAAUCAAAACUAAAUUCACAAUAUUUGGAAAUAGGAUAAAUAACUCACAAAAGAAACUCAUGAUAAAUAACAUAGAAACAGAGAGAGUGAAUGAAAUAAAGUUUCUUGGAGUCAUAAUUGACAGCAAAUUAUCCUGAAAGCCACCUUUACAGUACAUUACAGCAAAAAUAGCAAAGUCAAUUGCAAUACUACUUAAAGUCAAAUAUCUUCUAAACCCGUCUAAAGCACCUACUGUGUGGAAGUGUGGAGGAACACACACAAAACAAACACAGGAACAAUAUACAAACUCCAAAAAAGAGCAAAAAUAUAGUAAAUAAAAGUAGAGAACCAUCAAACCCACUCUUCAUCAAACUGAAGGCACUAAAGUUUAAGGAUUUGGUCGACGUCAAAACAAUUCAGAUCAUGUACGAAGCAAAAAAGAAUCAGUUACCACAGGGCAUCCAAAAGUUGUUUUAAAUAAGAGAAAACAAAUAUAAUCUCAGGGGAAUAUGCAUUUUAAAAAAAACAACCUGUACGUACAAACACAGUCAAAGGAGUUAAUCUGUGGAGCAGCUGCAGCGAAGAAAUGAAAACCUGCAGAUCGCUGAGCGAGUUCAAACUUAUUUUUAUAAACCACAUUCUGAGUGGAUAUAAGAGAGAAACAGAAACAUGAAUUUAUAACAAUGUGCAACAUGCCUUUUUAUCUGAUAUAUUUUCUUUCUUCUGUGUUGUUAUUUCUACACAUGCUCUGACUGAUUAAAUUACAGUAACACGACAAUAAAGAGGUAGGACUAGAUAAGUUUGAUCAACUUCAUCCUACACCCCUUCGAACAAAGUAUGAUUAUCUAUGUUGCUACAGAGCUGUCUCUUUAAUCGUUUUGUAUAUUGUAUUUAUUUUGUUUUUCUUUUAACCUGUUCGAACAAACAAAUAAACUAAACUAACUAAACAAAAUAAAUAUUUUUCAAAAUAUAUUUUUCCUGUAUCUCAAACAUCAAAUAGGGACUAUAAAUCACACAUUUAUAUUAAUAAUAUAACUGGAUGCAAAUGAAAAAUGUAGAUGUCCACGUGGUCAGAAGUCUGGAGCAGAUCGUGGUCACAUCAGAAGGCGCUCCUACUACUCCGUCUGUUCUGCUAAAUGCUGCUAAAAACUACAUACUGUACCUUUAAUGUAGAUGCACUCACUGUCUCCGCUGCAAUCAGGACCAGAGCAGUCGUAUAACAAACUCAUUCACUCAUUUCAUGAGUAAAAACUAUCCAACCAGUAAAUGAAGUUUCAAACCCGACCCUGAGGGCAAACCAUUUCUUGUACACAGACAUAUUUGACACAUCAGGUGGUCAAAUAUGAGACCGGGUCUCCCACCCUCCCCCUCGCACAUUGUCACUCUACCCCUACAUGUUGCUUCUAGAAACCUCUCACCCUCACUCCUCACUCUCCUCCCUUCACUUCUCUGUACUCCAACCUCUCCCUCCCUCCUCCCUUCCCCCACUCCCCUCAUCUAACAGCCUACCCCGGACGAACCCUGGGGGACUCAGCCACAGGUGGGUGUGGGCCGGGCUUACCUGUGCAUGUCACUGCCUGAAGUGCUCCGCCCCUCCUCCCGCCCCCUCAUUUGUCCUUGUGAAUCAUAGAGAUCAAAAUUUCAGAAAAAGAAUCACAAAACUCAAUCUAAAGUGACUUUAAUGAAAUGAAACGUCACCUAAAUUUUGAGGGGGUUGCAUGUGCAGCUUUAGCAGAAGACGUGCAGGUUUGAGGAGGGGACACUGGUGGGAAAGGGUGGUGAGUUUACAGCGAGGAGUCCAGUAACUGAUGUUUUGUCAUUAAAAUAACUCCAGAUUUUAAGAUGAUUUCCCCUCUUCUUCAAAUGCUGUCAGGAACCUUUUCAUCCCCAUCUUCCUCUAAAUUAAGACAGAUUCGGAUCAGUGGAAUGUAACACAACAUACCUCUGCCCUACCACCCCGACACCAUGUCCACUCACAACACACAAAGCAGCUUCUUCUGACACACACGGCCUGCUGUGAGAGCUUCUGCUGUGUUCUUCAUCACUGAGAUAUGGCUGCAGCUUUAACCCGCUGACUGUACAUCAGGACGGAUGACACGUCCACACCUUUUCAUACUGCAAAAGUGAUGCCAAAAAUCCAAAGUCUGAGUCUGCAUAAUAGAAAUUAGGUCCUGGAGCCACAAUGUUAAUUAAGGAUCCUUUAGGUCAGCAGAGUUUACAGUGAACCGUCCUUGUGUUUGUAGCUCCUCUUGUUUUUUAGCAUCAAAUAAUUAACUACAAGAAUUAAUCAGCAUAUUUUUCAUUUCAAAGUUUCCAAUUUGUGCCAAUUUUGGCGCCCCCCUGUGGGCAAAGCAGUCUUCGAGAAGUGACUUUUGACAACAGAUCGCCACCGCUGAAUUUUGACAGUCAAAUGAGUCAUUUAUCGUGAAUAUUUCAUGUGGAAAGUUGUUAAAAACGGCCUCUCCGGCCCCACACUGAUUUCAGGUUUUGUUAAAAAUAAGGAUAUAAAAACUACCAAUCCUGAUGCUGAUGAUCUUGUUUGCUUUUAAAUAUCAGGAAAAGACAUAAAUAUGAAUUUCAGUCUCUUUCAUAAGCAUAAAAAACUCUUUAUAGGAGCUUAAAUGACCUUUCAGUCAGCUAAAUGGAGCAGAAUCUUUCACAUAAUCCAUCUUUUUGUACAGUCUGUGCUCAAACCCAACACUUUUCUUCGCUUGUCUUUCUUUUUUUAUUGUUUUCUGGCUCUGCGGAGUUUCUGUCUGUGCUCUGGAUGGAGAAUGACAGCUCUACUCUGAUAUGCUUUUGGUGUCUGUCAGACUUGAAGUGCAGUUCGUCUCAAAAACAAACUCUCCUUUUCAGAGGCAAAAAGCAGAGCGGCGUCUUCUCUAAACAUAAUAACGAUGAACCGCUCAAGUCUUGACACUUUUCUUACCAGCUGCAAACAAACUCUGAGCUCAAACCAUGACUUAACCACUUUUUAUUACAAUUUUAAUCAUUUUUUUAUUGAGACAUUCAGCCGAGGUGUUACUUAAUGUUUUACUUUUCUGACCAACAGACGGAGAGAUCACAUCGAAGCCCAUGGUGCUGUUCCUGGGGCCCUGGAGUGUAGGAAAGUCCUCCAUGAUCAACUACCUGCUGGGCAUGCACGACAGCCCCUAUCAGCUCUACACAGGUGGGUUUAAAGUGGAAUUAACACCAGACUUUUAUUCUUCCACUGUGGAUGAAAACACCGUCUGAGAUGGCUUGGCUGUUUUUCAGGAGCCGAGCCGACUACCUCCGAGUUCACCGUCAUCAUGCACGGGGAGAAGAUCCGCUCUGUUGAGGGUAUCGUGAUGGCGGCAGACAGCUCCCGCUCCUUCUCCCCCCUGGAGAAGUUUGGCCAAAACUUCCUCGAAAAGCUGAUCGGUAUCGAGAUGCCGCACAAGCUGCUGGAACGUGUGACUUUCGUGGACACGCCCGGAAUUAUCGAGAACAGGAAGCAGCAGGAGAGAGGUAAAACGAGACUUCUGAUAUCGGUUUGUGUGUUUAUGAAGAGGUUACUCUAAGUUUAAUGGUUUGUCUGGUCUUUUAUCUGUCCAGGCUAUCCUUUCAAUGAUGUCUGCCAGUGGUUCAUUGACCGCGCUGACCUGAUCUUCGUGGUGUUUGACCCCACAAAGCUGGACGUGGGUUUGGAGCUGGAGAUGCUCUUCCGUCAGCUGAAGGGUCGUGAAUCUCAGAUCCGCAUCAUCCUCAACAAGGCCGACAACCUGGCCACUCAGGACUUGAUGAGAGUCUACGGCGCUCUGUUUUGGAGCUUAGCCCCCCUCAUCAAUGUGACCGAACCCCCUCGUGUCUACGUCAGCUCCUUCUGGCCGUACGACUACGCUCCUGACACCAGCCGCGAACUCUUCAAGCGAGAGGAGAUUUCCCUCCUGGAAGAUCUGAACCAGGUGAUCGAGAACCGCAUGGAGAACAAAAUCGCCUUCAUCCGUCAACAUGGAAUCCGUGUGCGUAUCCACGGCCUGCUGGUAGAUCGCUACGUCCAGACCUUCAAGGAGAAGAUGAGCUUCUUCAGCGACCCCGAGCUGGUCUUCAAAGAGAUUGUGGACGACCCAGACAAGUUCUACAUUUUCAAGUCCAUCCUAGCCAAGACGAACGUCAGCAAGUUUGACCUGCCCAACCGCGAUGCUUACCGUGACUUCUUUGGCAUCAACCCGAUCAACAACUUUAAGCCUCUGUCGGCCCAGUGCUCCUACAUGGGGGGAUGUCUGCUGGAAAAGAUUGAGAAGGCAAUCACCAAUGAGCUGCCUGCCCUUCUGAGCAGCAUUAACUCUGGCAAGCAGCCCGGCCUGUCCUCCUGCGAGGCCACGGGCUGCGGUGAAAAGCCAAAGAACCGCUACCGGAAGAACUGA